AUGUGCGCGUGCCCCGUCUACACUAACGAGACGUAUAAGACGAGCAAGAAGCCUUUGCUGGAACCCGAGUCCUCCCAACGUACCCUCGCGUGUCCUCCCCUCAACUCCAACCCUAACCAGCUCCUUCUUCACCAACACCACACGUCCCUGGAACGCCUCAAACAUGGACGACAACUCGCUCCCCACAACGGCCAAGCCCCCCGCCCCGAAAGAAACCGAAGCGCCGGCUGCCUCCUGCCUGCCUUCUCCGGGGCUAUUGUCUGCUGGCUCCUCAUCGGCAGCAUCAGCUACAGCCCUGUGGCCCGGGCCUCCCUCGGCGACGCCUUCAUUGCCCUCGCCGUGUUCCUCAUCUUCUUCCAGGCCGUCCUGCUGCUCAUCGCCUGCACUGAGGUCGGCAUGCUGUGGCCAGGGCGCGCAAGCCCGACCCUCACAGCGGGAACCGCGGGCUUCGCCGCCGCGAUGCCCGGCGCCAUCUGGGCCGCGGAGAGCUGGGCACACUGGGGCCAGGGGCUGUUCUGGGCACUGGGCGGGAUCUACGGCGGGGUUGCGCUGGAGGUGGUCACAGGGUUCUGGUCCCGGGUCACGAGGCGGCUGGAGAGGUCUGCGAGGAGUGGGUGA